AGCAGCAUAGGAUGAUGGGAAGUGACGUCACGUCGCCAGGGCGACUAGGCUCCCCGAGACACGUGCCUUGUAUAAAAGUGCAGGCGGCAGUGAGGACUGCGCACACAGACUGAAGCAGCAUCACCGAGAGUUAACUCAAUCCCCCACAAGCAGCAGCCAUGUCAGACCUCUGUGUUGGAAUCAAUGGUUUCGGUCGUAUUGGCCGUCUGGUCCUGAGGGCUUGCCUUCAGAAAGGCAUCAAGGUUGUGGCCAUCAAUGACCCCUUCAUUGACUUGCAGUACAUGGUCUACAUGUUCAAGUAUGACUCCACCCACGGCCGUUACAAUGGUGAGGUCUCCCAAAAGGAUGACAAGCUGUGCGUCGACGGCAACGCUAUCUCUGUCUACCAGUGUAUGAAGCCAGCAGAGAUCCCCUGGGGCGUGGCUGGAGCCAAGUAUGUGGUCGAGUCCACUGGAGUCUUCCUCAGUGUGGAGAAGGCCUCCUCUCACAUCCAGGGCGGAGCUCAGCGUGUGGUUGUGUCCGCGCCCUCACCCGAUGCCCCCAUGUUCGUCAUGGGAGUCAACGAGGAUAAAUACGACCCCUCCAGCAUGACCAUCGUCAGCAAUGCCUCCUGCACCACCAACUGCCUGGCCCCCCUGGCUAAAGUCAUCAAUGAUAACUUUGGCAUUGAGGAGGCUCUCAUGACUACAGUCCACGCAUACACAGCCACCCAGAAGACAGUGGACGGCCCCAGCGCCAAGGCCUGGCGUGACGGCCGCGGUGCCCACCAGAACAUCAUUCCUGCCUCAACCGGUGCCGCCAAGGCAGUGGGCAAAGUCAUCCCCGAACUCAACGGUAAGCUGACAGGCAUGGCGUUCAGGGUGCCAGUGGCUGAUGUGUCUGUGGUGGACCUGACAUGCCGUCUGUCCAAGCCUGCAUCUUACGCCGCGAUUAAGGAAGCCUGCAAGAAGGCCGCACAUGGGCCCAUGAAGGGAGUGCUGGGUUACACCGAGGACCAGGUGGUGUCCUCUGACUUCAUUGGUGACACCCACUCCUCCAUCUUUGAUGCUGGCGCCGGCAUCUCCCUCAACGACAACUUCGUCAAGCUCAUUUCCUGGUACGAUAAUGAGUUUGGCUACAGCCACCGUGUCGCUGACCUGCUGCUGUACAUGCACUCCAAGGAGUAGACAUUUCCUGUCCAAACAGGAAGUCAGGAAAGGGACCACCCCCAACCAUCCCCCCCCACACCCUCCCUUCUCUUUUACACACAGGCCCCACCCAUAGCCAAGUCAUAGCAUCACGGCCCUCAGCUCUACUACAGUAUAUGUAGGCAGCAGCAGCAACUGUGUGUUUGAGUGUUCUGAGUUUAUCUGUGUUUUCCUUUAAUGACGAGACGAUCGGUCGGUGACAGUAUUUGUGUCCGUGUGCCCCCUCUCCACCUCCCACUACCACUUUAGAUGUGUCCUUAUGGCUCAGUCCUACGGUAACUACUGUAUCCAUCUCCCUGUUGGUGUGUUUUAAAGGCUUAAGGAGGAAGCUGAGAGGCAGAGCGACUGUAACUCCGCUUCAGAGUAACGAGAUAAAGAAAUAAAAGUUGGAAAAACCUCAAGA